UUAAUAAAUAUAGUUUGAUACCUAUAAUGAGAAGGUACUGAACGUUACAUGGUGUCAGGUGUUCAAGUUUCCUUCGAUAAUAUCAUGGAUGGAUUAAGAUUACCCCAGAUCAUGAAGUUGCUGAACAAAUCAAGAUAGCAACGUUCCUAAAUUUAAUAGGUGAUGAAGGUGUGGAAAUUUACAACACGUUAAAAUUACCAAUAGAGAAAACCACGUUGAAAGACGUAAUGGACGCCAUUGAAAAGCAUUGUCAACCGAAGAAGAACGUAGUAUAUGAACGCUUUAAAUUUUUAAGCUGCAACCAGAAAGAAGGUCAGUCAGUGGGUAGUUAUAUCACAGAAUUAAAGAUGAUGGUUAAGAAUUGCGAGUAUGACUCUGAAGAGGAAAUGGUACUUGACAAGAUAGUGAUGGGCAUCAUAGAUAAUAAUGUUCGAGAACGCCUUCUUCAAACCGAGGUCCUGUUCCUAAGAAAAGCAAUUGAUGUGUGCCAGAUUGCUGAAGUUAGCAGACAUCAAACAGAUCAGAUGGCGACGAAGAUAGAGGGCAUGAGCACGAGGGUAGAUUCCAUCAACUCGUCUAAACUAUGUAAGAUAAGUAAUUCAAACUCAAAUUUUGUCAGAAAUAAAAUGAAAAAGGAAAAUGUUGUUCAUAAUCCUUAUCAUUGUAAAAAAUGUAGUACUAAGCAUAAUGCAGGUCAAUGUCCAGCUUUUGGUAAAGAAUGUUUUUACUGUCAUGAGUUACAUCAUUUUGAAAUAGGAUGUUUGUUGAAAAUGUCAGGUAAUAAACAACAAAAUGAGAUCAAAAGAAAUAAUUUCAAAAAGAAAUUGCACUCUGUUGAAUCCCAAAAUGUAGAAAAUAGUAAUAAUAAUUUGAAUGAAAUGUUCAUUGAUAGUCUCAAAAUAACAAAUGGAAAAAAUAAUAAUAAAUUAAUUAAUAAUGGUAAAAUACUGGCUGAGGUGGUAAGCAUUAAUGAUAUUGAUGUUUUGUUUAAAUUAGAUACUGGAGCUGAUUGUAAUAUACUGCCAUCAAGGAUAUUGCUCCAAGUAAUGCCUUCUGCAAGAAUUCAAAAAUAAAGAGUCAACCUCAUUGCUUUUGGUGGUAAUGGGAUUCCAGUCGAGGGCUCAGUGAAGGUGGGUUGUCGAGUAAGAGGUCAGAAACGCAUCUUAACUUUUCACAUUGUGGAUACAGCUGACAAGCCUAUAUUAGGUCUAGAUAGUUGCCUGGAAUGUAAGUUAAUUAAUAAGAUUGAUUGGCUAGAAAAAAAUGUCUCAAAUUUUCAAUUCAUUUCUAAAGAUUCAAUAAUUAAAAGUUAUAAGGAUAUAUUUGAAAAUUUAGGUCAAUUCCCAGGACAACCAUGUAAAUUAUUUUUAAAAGAAGGGGCUGAUCCUGUACUUCAUGCUUCUCGUAGAAUUCCUAAAAAUUUAAUACCUAAGUUUAAGUCAACAAUAGAGUCACUAGAAAGAGCCAAUGUAAUUUGUAAGGAGACCAAUCCUACUGAUUGGAUCAAUAAAAUAGUAAUCACUGAGAAAAAAGAUGGUAAAUUGCGGGUGUGUUUAGAUCCGAGAGAUUUAAAUAAGAAUUUAAAAAGAGAGGAUUUCCAAAUUCCUUCACCAGACGAGAUUUUGACAGAUUUAAAUGGUAAAAAAUAUUUUUCAAUAUUAGAUUUGAAAGAUUCCUUCUAUCAAAUAAUUUUGGAUGAGAGUUCUUCGAAAUUAUGUACCUUUGCAACCCCAUUUGGAAGAUAGCGAUUUAAACGUCUUCCUUUUGGUAUUAAUACUGCGGCAGAAAUUUGUCAGAGGGAAAAUACUGAGAUAUUUGGCAAUAUUCUGAAUAACGGUAUUUAUAUAGAUGAUUUAAUAAUAGCAACAGAAACUGAAAAGGAACAUGACUCCAAAUUAAAGCAAGUUUUGGAAGCAGCUAGGCUUAACGGUAUAACAUUUAAUGCUAAUAAAUUUCAAUUUAAAAAAUCUGAAGUUAAAUUGCUAGGAUUCGUAGUUUCCAAUAAAGGUAUUAAAAUAGAUCCUGAAAGAACGGAAGCGAUCAGUAAAAUGGAAAUUCCAAAGAAUAAAAAAGAAUUAUUAAGAUUUUUAGGUUAAGUAAAAUACUUAGGAAAAUUUUGUCCAAAUUUGUCAUCGGUAACAGCACCCUUAAGACAACUAACUCAUAAAAAUAUAUUAUUUCAGUGGGAGAAAAUAAACACUGACACGGUUAUAAAAAUUAAAGAAUUGCUUGUAGAAGCA